GCUGCGUCUACCGGGUGCCGCACAGUCAACGUCUCUGCGUGCUCACGCGUUUUGUCGGAUCUGCUACCCUUAAUCCUUAUCCUAAAUUGUAGGAACGGCGACACGUUUGGUUCCCCCAAUUCGGUGGAAUACGUUUUUAAGGCAGCUCGCAUCAGCAUCACUAGAGUCGACGAUGGCGGCGGUUGACAGCUUUCAGCUUCUUUAUGGAGAAAUUUCUCGAUCGUGCAAUCCUUACAUUGAAACGCUGGCCUUGGUCGGUGCUUUGUACGCGGCCAGGAGGGCAGUGAUCCUGCUGGGCGGCUGCUGCAAGUUGGUCCGGGUGCACUUCCUGCCAAGACUUAUCCCGAGUAAGAAGCUCACGCAAAGAUUUGGAGACUGGGCUGUGGUUUAUGGUGCAGCAGAGCCUGUAGCCAAAGCCUAUGUAGAGGAGCUGGCCAGGCAUGGAGUCAGCAUUAUCUUUGUCUCUCAGGACCUCGCCUCUGUCAGAGACACGGCUGCUACCCUCUCCCAAAGCUACGGAGUGGAAACUCUCGUAGUCCCGGCUGACUUCUCUCUGAACCAGGCCGCCGGCAACCCCAUCAAAGAAGCCAUGAAGGGCAAAGAUAUCGGCUUCCUGGUGAACUGUGUGGAGUCCGGGGCUUCCCCUCAGAGCCUGAUGGAAAUACCCGAGCAGAGCCUGUUGGAUUUGGUGAAUAGGAACGUCGCGGUCGCCACUCUGAUGACCCGGUUGGUGCUGCCGGGCAUGCUGGAGCGCAGCCGAGGCGCUGUGGUCAACAUCUCAUCGGGGGCUUGCGCCAGACCGCUGCCUGGAAGAGUGACCCUCACUGCCGCCACCGGCUACAUGGAUCAUUUCUCCAGAGCUCUUCACCUCGAGUACAGCGGCAACGGGAUCUUUGUCCAAAGCCUGACUCCUUUCCAGAUCGCCUCGAGUAAGCGGCAACCAUUCUCAUCGACGCCGUCAUCGAGGCCGGGCUUGUUUGUACCGAAGCCGGAGGUGUACGCCCGCCACGCCGUGUCUACCCUGGGGGUCUCUAAUCGGACCACCGGCUACUGGCCUCACACACUGCAGUAUGGACUGAUGACACUUAUUCCAGAGUGGAUUUGGGUUCUCGGCUCGCGGAUGCUCGUCGGUUCUGAGCUCACCUCUCCUCACGAAAGACUUCACCCAGAGACUGUUACUGGAGUCAUGUAGAGUUUUAGUUUCUUAAGCCAUUCGGGUUAAAUGUGUUACACCUUCAGGCUCCGUGGAGGUCGGUAGUUAGGAUAUUUUUAUUUAUUUAUUUGAUGUCAAUUUCAAGGAAAGCUGCAGUGGAGUUUGCCUGAAAUAGUGAAUCAAUAUUCAUUUAUUAAUCCUGUAUUCGUGUAUGCUCUGACAAAUCUGUGGCAUCUUAAAUGGUCUCUACAUAUCUUAGUGAAGGCCAGACAUGAGGCUGGAAACCGGGUUUGAGUUUGGAUUGUAAACAACAAUAUAAUCAACAUAACUGACUUCAUUUUGUUUGGUGCUUGGACUUAAACAUCAGCCUCCAUGUAGUUUCAACACUUUAAACUGUUGGAUAACAAAAUAUUUCAAACCAACAUGGACCAUAAAGGCCAGGUAAAUAUGAAACUAUUAUAUUUUUCUAUGUAUUUAAAAAACACCAGUGGGUCAUAAUUAAUGAGUGAGGGGGAUUAUUUUUCUCGGAGUCUAUACAUUAGUUUCAGGGUCACAUCAUACUCAUUGUUUAUUUAAAGAGACAGAUGUAUUUCAUAAUGUGGAACAAGUUGACAAAAUGUACUUUUUGUAAGAAAAGCUGCAUUACGCAAUAUAACCGAAUCUAAAGGUAAGAAACGUGUUAACUAAAUUAUUUGUUAUUACUUAUUUGGCUUCUUGGUAGGAUCGAAGGCUCUGAGUUCAGAUACAACCUGUGUGUGUGUGUGUGUGUUUCAAGAUAAGUAUUUAUAUUAAAGGCGUAUGACGAGAUUCCGAUAUCGUGCAGAGAGGUUGCUAACGCAUACAAUACAACGUAUACAAUGUUGAAUUAAUUAUGAUACGUGUCGUCAUUGCACCUAAUUAGAACAAUAAAACUCUUUUCUCCGUU